AGUCGAGGACCAUUAUUGAAAUUUUCUUGAUUCUUAUGCAUUUAUUUAUUUUUUGUGUUGGUUUGAAGAACCAGAUUGUUUACGAUACGACCCAGGUUCUUAUGGAGAAGCUUGCAGUGGAGGCUCUUGAGGUUGCUAUGGUAAAGUCGAAGGCUAGGAUCGUGGAAGGAGAUGUAGGGAAGGCAAUUUGCAAGGAAGCAGAGAGGUUGAAGCCUGCUGCUGUUGUUCUUGGCACCAGAGGCCGAAGCUUGAUGCAAAGUGUGCUACAAGGCAGCAUUAGUGAAUAUUGCUUCCACAAUUGUAAAACUCCACCCGUCAUUAUUGUGCCCGGAAAAGUUAUAAUCUCUCUGUUAACCCAAAUUGUUGAACUUUUUAGUUUUAAGUCUUACGAAGUGAUAUAAAUUUUAUUCAAUAACAGAGGCAGGGGAAGAAUCUGUUGUGUAAUGGAGCAGGCAAAGAUGAGUAACUCCAAUGAAUCCUUGUCCCGCAUGUUAGUGUUAACUGCAGCUGUUUCUUGAGAGCAAAUAUCCGUUCAGAAUGAUUGUGUGUGUAUGUUUAUAUGGAUUAGAUUUUUA